AUGGACUCUGCAUCGCAACGAGGAACGCCAUCACCAACUGUAAAGUCAGAUCACAGCUCAGACCUUGAACAACAUGAGAUGAGCCAUCCUUUCGACCCGCAUGAAUGCCUGUUCUGCAACCAGGAGAGCGAAGACAUCGAUCAUAAUGUACAACACAUGUCGAAAGCGCAUGGUCUACGGAUUGAGAUGAAGGAUUUGUUAGUAGAGGUGGUCGAUCUGCUCGCCUACUGCCACCUCAUCAUCUCCGAGUGCUACGAGUGUCUGUAUUGUGGGACGCAACGCAACACUCACCAAGCUGCUCAGCAACACAUGAUGGCGAAGGGUCAUUGCAAGUACGAUCUUGAGGAUCCAGACUCUGAAUUCAGAGACUUCUAUGAACAUUCGUCCACAGCUUCUGCAUUGGAAGAGGAACGACAAGAAGGCGACCACCGAGACCAGCCUGCCAACUCUCAGAAGUUAGCAGAAAGAGCUCAAGGUCUGUCCCUUGCCGGAUCAAGAAGAAUGGCUCGACGACAGCGUCCAAACAGAUCAGAUCCCGACUCCGGACCACACAACAAUCGAGCUGAAAUAAGGAACGCCCAGAACCCACAGGCCGACACUUCUGACACAUCUACCACCUCUCCGGCAGACGCAGCUCCCUCAACCCCCCACAAUCAACUAAGCAACCGUGCCCUGAAAGCCGAACUCCGCGCCGACCACCAACUAUCCCAACUCCGCGACAGCGACCGCCGCAGCCUCGCCCAUCUUCCUUUAUCACAACAACGAGCACUCCUCGCCACCCAACACAAUCAGAUGGUGCAAGCACGAAAGGAGGAACAGACACAACGAGGUCGUCUGGAGAGUGCGGGAAAUAGUUUUGGACGGCUGGGGACGACGAGAUUGGUGAGGAUACCGCCGCAUUUGGGGCAUGUGCAGACUUUGAAGCGGUGA